AUCUUUGGAUUGGAUUUAAAAAGGAAGAAGAGAGAGGUUAUCGAAUAAAGAAGACAGUGGUUCUCACCGGGAGAGAUCGAUCAUUCCUUCGCCCAAACCACGUACACCUUCAAGGAUUCUCACUCCACUCUCUGUAAAACGGGCGGGAAAAUGGCCUUAUCGCCGGAAAACCUGACCAGAGAUCAAUGUCUGUACGUAGCUAAGUUGGCCGAGCAAGCCGAGAGAUUCGAGGAGAUGGUCACGUUCAUGAGGAAUAUUGUCCUGCGUUCAACUCCUUCCUCCGAGCUCACCGUCGAGGAGCGGAAUCUCGUCUUUAUCGCCUACAAGAAUCUCAGUGGCUCCCUACGAUCCUCCUGGCGGGCCCUCUGCAGCAUCGAGCAGAAGGAGGAGGCUCACAAGAACGACGACCUUGUUCCUCUUGUCAAGAAUUUUAGAUCCGAAAUCGAGUCCGAGCUGUCCAAGGUGGGUGAUAGUAUCUUGAAGCUGUUGCGCUCCUAUCUGAUUCCCUCCGCUUCUACCAGUGAGUCGAUGGUCUUUUAUUUGAAAAUGAAAGGAGAUUAUCAUAGGUAUAUGGCCGAGUUCAGGGUUGGGCGGGAAGGGAAGGCUGCUGCUGACGAUGCCAUGUCAGCUUACAAAGCUGCGCAGGACAUUGCUAAUGCGGAUCUAUCUACGACUCAUCCUGUAAGGUUGGGUCUGGCACUUAACUUUUCGGUAUUCCACUACGAAAUUCUCCAGCAAUCUACGAAAGCAUACGAGAUGGCUAACCAGGCUUUUGAAGAUGCAAUGUCUGAGCUGGAUACUAUGAAAGAAGAGCACUGUAAAGAAAGCACAAAUAUCAUGCAACUUUUGAAAGACAACGUUACCUACUGGACUACUGAUUCUCAGGACCUGGACGACCUCUGACAUCCAUUGUAGGGAAUGGCGGGUCCUAUUAUUCAUCUGUAGGAGGUGGACUCUGAAUGUCAUUUCUCGGUGCUUGAUUAGGAACUUCCCUUGUACGUGACACGCAAUAUGAUGUUUUCUUUCUAUUAUAGAUUUCAGACGAUAUGAUAAAUGCGCUUGAUUUCCACAAUAAUUUGAGGAGGGCAGUGUGUGGCGGUGGAGCCCUUUUAAGUGUAAUCUGACUCAAU